AGGUUUUUGCUGCAGUUAGUUUCUUCAGCAUCUGUUCUAGAUCACACCCCUGUCCUUCUAAAUGUAGUGGAGACCAACCCUUUCAAACAUCUUACCCAUCUCUCUCUGAAGUUCCUACCAGGAAGUGAUGCAGAGUUAAAGAAGUUUUUAGCCAGCUGUUUGAAAUGCCUCAAGGAAGACAAAGUGAUGUUGGAAGAAAAGCUUAGAAAAACUGAAGAGGAUCUUAGCAGACAACUGAGCUACACUCAACAGAGCUUGUCCGAGAAGAGCCGAGAACUAGACAAACUGAAAACCGAAUGGACGUCGUACACUACAGCUCUAACAAACAAACACACGCAGGAGCUGACAAACGAGAAGGAAAGAGCUCUCCAGGCACAAGCUCAGUACCAACAACAGCAUGACCAACAGAAAAAGGAGUUAGAAAAUUUGCAUCAGAAGAGCAUUCAACAGCUGCAGAACAGACUCUCAGAACUCGAAGUCAUCAAUAAAGACCUAACAGAAAGGAGAUACAAGGGAGACUCCACAGUCAGGGAACUGAAGGCAAAGCUGUCUGGCCUAGAAGAUGAAUGCCAAAGAGCAAAGCAGGAGGUGCUGUCGCUGCGGCGGGAGAACACUACUCUGGAUGCGGAAUGUCAUGAAAAGGAGAAACUUGUUAACCAGCUACAGACCCGGGUUGCUGUGCUGGAACAAGAGAUCAAAGAUAAAGAUCAGCUGGUUUUUAGGACAAAAGAAGUAUUAGAUGCGACACAAGAACAAAAGGUGAUACUGGAAGAGAAUACUGAGAAGAAACAAAGUCAUAUUGAAAAACUGGAGACAACAAUUAAAUCGCUGUCAGCUGAACUUCUUAAGGCUAAUGAAAUUAUCAAGAAGUUACAAGGAGAUUUGAAAACUCUAAUGAGUAAAUUAAAAUUGAAAAAUACAGUAACAAUUCAACAGGAAAAACUACUGGCAGAAAAAGAAGAGAAACUUCAGAAAGAGCAGAGAGAACUGCAGGAGAUGGGACAGUCUCUUCAAAUGAAAGACCAGGAGGUUUGCAAGCUACAAGAACAGCUAGAAACUACAAUGCAGAAACUAGAAGAAAGUAAGCAGUUACUGAAAACCAAUGAAAACGUGAUCACUUGGUUAAACAAACAGCUGAAUGAGGUUCAGAUGGCCAAGAAGCUGGAGACUCCAGCCAGUGCCCAUGCUGGCGUCCGGGCUGCCCUUUCCCCUCAUGGUGUGCCUGACCGACCACCCUUCCCCAGCGCAGGAAUCGGGCACCCCCCUUCUCCGCUGUAUCCCUUCCACAGCUUGACAGACCCAGCGCACAGCAGAAGUGUCAGUUCCCAAGGUCCAGUCCCAAAG